CACCAACCUGCUUGAAGUUCACGGAAUCAGCGGGUAGAGAGUACUUCAUAUUUCACAGCAGAGAGAGAGAUAAUUGCUAUUGAAAGAAUAUCAUCUCUGCAAAGUUUACCAUGUCUCAAUCCUCUGAUCUCUACAACGUCCCUCCUCGUCGGAACCCGGGUCCAAAGCCGGGCGAGAAAGAGAAGAAAGCCGAGCACCCACAGCCUCUUGACAAUCCAGAUGCGCUCUCGAUACUUAAUGCGAAGCGUUAUUCCGACGUGUUUUGGGCGGCGGAUGAUAAAUUGUCAAAGAGGGAUAGGAGGGAUAUUCUCACGGAACUGAAUCGAUGCAGCGCAUAUCAGAUUUUGGGAUCGACUAUUGGUGGGGUGCUGAUGUGUGUCGGAGGAUACCAGAUUUUCAAACGAAAUGCGCCAGGUGUGAUGCGUUCAAUGACAGCGUUCUCUACCUUAUUCGGAGCGUCCUACGGCGCCGGUGUCGGCGCAAACAUCGCCAUCGUGGAAGCAAGACGCGACUUUGAGAAACGGAAAGAGUGCGCGGAAAUCAUGACCCUGAUAGCCCUGCGCCCGACAUUCGGUCUGUGGAGAAACUACUACGGCGACGGGAACCCGCCCAAGAACGUGCUCAGCGCGUGGUGGACGGAGCGGAACAACAACAAAGGCGGGCAGAACGUGUACUAUGGCGACUUUGACACCGAAGUUCCGUACGGCGGCGAGAUCGUGCUGCCGUUUGGAGAUGGCGAGGGAAAGAGCUCGGUUGACGAUGAAGAGCGGAAGCGGCCGUUCGGAGGGGUGGCGGAUGUAGAGCCCACGGCGCCGUCGUCAUGGGACCUUGCUGUUGCGCGACGGAAGGCCGAGAGAGAGGGGACUAUUUACGAAAGCGAGCCGCCGCGGUACGAGCGGAGGAAGAGCAAGGCGGGCAAGAAGAAGGAUGAGUUCUUUGAGACAGAGGAGGAGUUUAGAGAGGAGACGAGGUUUGAGACCGAGGGACAGGAGAUUGGGGAGCCGGCUGAUGACUUUUCUGCUAGUGAGAAGAGGUUUUCACAGUCUAGAUAUGAUUAGCGGCCGCGAGCAGCCAUUCUGAUUAAUCUGUCUAUAUCAUUAUUAUUUAUUUCUUUUGUGUUUAUAAAUUUUGAUCCAAGCAUAACCUAGUAAUCCAAAGA